AUGGAUUGCGAUUGCGGAAAGAAUCCAUUUCCACCCUUUUAUUCAAUUGAUGAAUUUGUAUGGUUAACGCCAUUUGUUUUCGGUCCCACCUUCUUGCUAAUUAUCAUCAUUGCAUUGGCUGUACCUCGUUACUGCUACAACAUCAGCAAACAAUCCACAGCAAUUCUGUCUGGCUGGCCAAAACUCAUUGCCUUUGCAUGCGCCAUUGUGUCCAUCACAUUCUUAUUUGACGCUAUUGUGCUCGUUACAAGAGCAAUUACGGAGAAGUAUUGGACAUCGAAUGUCUUUGCCUACUAUAUUGCUGUAUCAUGGAUCUCAUGGUCAAUUAGCAUCAUUGCGCUCGUCAGUGAAGCUCAAUUGAAUCACAAUCAUUGGUAUUGGAUCCAAUACCUGUUCUGGUUUGUAGCGGUUGCUACGGAAACAGUCGUAGGGUGGUAUUGGAUGAUGGGAAUCAUGAAGCCACUACCAGGCACAGUGUUUACCAUCUAUGAUCAUUUGUUUUUGGGGAUAUUCAUUUCUCGCUACAUAGUGGAAUGGUUCAUCUUGUUAUUGUCAAUCGUCUAUUUGCUCACACCGAGAUCAGCAGUAGCAGAUUCAUCGCCCUUGCUGGGCUCCACCACGACAAUCAACUCGCAACAACACCGUCAUUACGGAUCCACUACGAUCGCCACCACAACCACCAUGCUUAUAGUGACAGAGAGCCCAUUUUCUGGAUUUGUAGGAAAAAUGAAGAAAUUGCUUCCUUUUAUCUGGCCACAUCAUAAUUUGAAGUUGCAAAUUUAUGUCUUGCUCUGUUUCUUUAUCAUGGGCCUCGGAUUUGUAGUCAACCUGCUUGCUCCUCGCCAAAUUGGCCGUAUCGUUGACAAUCUUCGAGAAGGCCAGUUCUCAUGGUUACCCAUUGUGGCCUACAUUGGCUUGAAAUUCCUGCAAGGCGGCUCCGGAUUGCUGCAGUCAAUUCAAAACUGGCUCUGGAUUCCCAUUGGGCAAUACACAACUCGAGAGAUUUCUCUCAAGGUGUUUAGCCAUUUGCACAGCCUGUCUUUGAGUUUUCAUAUCAAUCGGAAAACCGGUGAAGUCUUGCGCGUGAUGGACCGAGGUACCAGCUCUGUGGUCAGCUUGCUCAACCAAAUCCUUUUCCAAAUCUUCCCCGUUUGGAUGAAUAUUAUCCUGGUUACCUUUUUCACAACCUACAUGUACGCUCCCUCAUUUGGCUUGAUUGUUUUUGUCACCAUGGUAUUGUACAUGUAUGUUACUAUCGCUGUGACCGAAUGGCGGACAAAGUACCGCCGUAGCAUGAUUGAGCUGGACAACAAUGCUCGCACAAAGGCUGUGGACUCUCUGCUCAACUUUGAAACCGUAAAGUAUUACAAUGCCGAGAAUUUUGAGUUGGAUCGCUACAAGGAUGCUAUUCUGCAAUACCAACAAGCCGAUUGGAAGAGCUCUGUGACACUGAAUGUGCUAAAUCUAGCACAGAAUACCAUCAUCACUGGAGGCUUGCUGUCUGGCUGCUUAUUAUUUGCCUACCAGGUGUCCAAAAACCAACUGAGCCCAGGUGAUUUCGUUGCAUUCAACAUGUACAUGAUGCAACUAUACACUCCAUUGCACUGGUUUGGUACCUACUACAGAAUGAUUCAGUCCAACUUUAUCGACAUGGAGAAAAUGCUGACCUUGCUGGAAGAGGAUCAAACUGUUAAGGAUGCUCCCAACGCCAAAGAGUUGCAAGUGACUGAAGGCCAUGUUGUGUUUGAUAAUGUCACUUUUGCCUAUGAUGAGCGUCAAACUGCUCUAAACGGUAUUUCCUUCUCUAUUCCCAAGGGCGCUACCGUGGCUCUUGUGGGCCCAUCUGGCGGUGGAAAAUCAACCAUUCUACGCCUCUUGUUCCGCUUCUACGACCCUCGCUCUGGCGGUAUCUCUAUUGAUGGCCAAGACAUUCGCCAAGUUACACAACUAUCAUUGAGAAAGAACAUUGGUGUUGUACCUCAAGAUAAUGUGCUUUUCAAUGAAUCGAUAUACUACAACAUUAAAUAUGGCGAUGUGCAUGCUGACGACAGUCAAAUCAAACGGGCUGCUAAGGCUGCCCAAAUCCAUCAUAGGAUUGUGUCUUUUCCUGAUGGCUAUGACACCAAGGUGGGUGAGCGUGGACUUCGCCUGAGUGGUGGCGAAAAGCAACGUGUUGCAAUUGCUAGAACAAUCCUCAAGAACCCUCGCAUCUUUCUGCUGGAUGAGAGCACAAGUUCCCUUGAUACGACUACGGAGAGACAUAUCCAACAAGCUUUGGCUGAUAUGACAAAGGAUAGAACGACAUUAGUGAUAGCUCAUCGAUUAUCUACAAUUGUCAAUGCAGAUUUGAUAUUGGUUGUCAAGGAUGGUAAAAUUGUCGAACAAGGUAGUCAUGAAGAGUUGAUAAAGAGAGGCGAUGAAGGUGGUGUUUACUACGAGAUGUGGCAGAAGCAACUGCAUGAUGACAGUGAGACACAUAGCCAAGCAACGCAGCAAGAUCAAGACGAUAGUGGUAGUUCAUUUACUAUAGAUGAUACCAAUUCCUCUCCGAAACAAGACGCUCAUUCUAAGCAAAAUGAACAGAUCCAUCAGCACCAUACUCAUACUCACACACAUUCUACACGAGCUCUUAAUACACAGACGAUUGAGAUUGAAGGAGGUCAAGAAAAGAAACCCGAAAUGACACAAAGGGAAAUGGAAAUCAUUGAAUUGGAGGAAGAAGAGGAGGAACCGCAUCAGCAUACAGGAUCUAUCGCUAUUGAGACUAUUGACAUCGACUCAGAUGAUACAGAGGAAGCUACUUCCAGAUUGAAAAAUAAAAAAUAA